AUGAAAUUGGAUUUUGAAGGGGGGAGGAAGGGGAAAAACAAUGAUGUGUGUAAACAAGUGGAAUGCGGGAAAGGGGGAUGCAAGCCAUCUUCGAACAGCACUUUUAUGUUCGAAUGUGAAUGUGAAUCUGGUUGGAAGCAGAUCGAUCAUCACCUCAAGUUUCUCCCAUGCAUCAUCCCCAACUGUACUAUGGAUUUCGCCUGUGGUGAAGCACCUUCUCCUGCAGAAGAGCUGAAACCGACCAAACCCAAGAACGGUUCAUUCAUCGACCCAUGCCAUUGGACCGACUGUGGAGGCGGCUCAUGCAACACGACUUCUCCAUUCACGUACACCUGUGAAUGCCAACAAGGCUACAGCAAUCUCCUCAACGUUUCUGCAUUUCCUUGCUUCAGACAAUGUGCAUUUGGAAUGGACUGUGUGAAUCUUGGGAUUCCUCUAUUCAACAAUUCUGCUUCUCCUCCGCCUGCCUUGGCUGAUAGCAGCAAAAGUCAAGCAACGAGAUUGGAUCGAAGUAGAACUCCGUUCUUGUGGAUGAUGAUAAUAUGUCUCUAUGUUGGCUCAUUGAUGUUACUGUAGAGCUUUUUUUUUUUUUACAAUAUCAGUUGAUUAUUGCAUCGUACCUUGUUAUGUCCUUGUCCUUGUUACAAAUAUAUAAUCCUCCAGGAGCGGCUUCUGAUAUAUA